AUGACAUGUGAUCAUCCUGUCCAUCCGGAUAGGUACGAUGAGAGAGUGGAGGAGCAUCUACGAUCAACUGGGUUUUACCACGUUAGUCAGAUUGGAGUUGUUCAAUGCCAGAAAGCACUAGUAAAUGCUUUGGUGGAAAGGUGGCACCCGGAAACGCAUACCUUCCAUCUUCCAGUUGGUGAAUGUGCCGUGUCACUGGAAGACGUGGCUAUGAUCUUUGGUCUUCCGACUGAAGGCCUUCCUGUGACUGGCAUGACUUUGAGUAGUUAUGAGGCAUUAGAGGCAGAGUGUCUGCAUCAAUUUGGGGUGGCGUCGAGAAAGUCGGAUUGUCGAGGAAGUGGCAUAAAACUGACGUGGCUACGAGAUUUAAAAGAACGGUCACAGUUGACCGAUGAGAACAGUAUACAGGUGUAUGUUAAGUGCCACAUCAUGUUGUUGAUCGGUACGAUCCUGUUUGGAGACAAGUCUGGGGCAUCUGUCCACUGGAAGUAUCUGCCUCUGCUGAAUGAGUUUGCUAGUAUUGGACAGUAUAGCUGGGGAUCAGCCUGCCUAGCACACCUGUACAGGAGUUUAUGCAGGGCCUCACGUUUUGAUUGUAAGGAAAUAGAUGGUCCGCUUACACUUCUACUGUGUUGGGCAUGGAUGCGCCUACCAUAUCUAGCACCGGUUCCUAGGGAACCUCGCAGUUUUCCGCUUGCCAACAGGUGGCGAAACUGGGAGCGUGGAGAUAGAGUCUAUAGAUAUCAUAAGCUUGCUCAUUUUCAGAAGGCGUUGGAUGAACUCCAGAAAGGCUAG